AUGGAACUAAUCUCUCUAAGCUUAGGUCUGUCGGCUAAUCGUCUGAAUGGAUUCUUCGAAGACCAAACUAGCUACAUGCGGCUCAACCACUAUCCAACUUGUCCCAUUCCUCACCUAGCUCUUGGGAUUGGCCGCCACAAGGAUUCCGGUGCCCUGGCCAUCCUCGCUCAAGACGAUGUUGAAGGACUCGAAGUGAAGCGAAAAACAAAUGGAGAGUGGAUUCGGGUCAAACCUAUUCAUGAUGCACAUAUUAUCAAUGUUGGUGACAUUAUUCAGACAGAAGGAGAAGAAAACAAGGAGGAAAUUAGAAAAAAAGCACCAUGUUAUGUUUGUAUUUGUUCUCAUCUUCUUCUCUCUCCAAAUAGUGAAUGCAGAAAGAUCCGAGCAGCCAUGGAGGCCGGAAUCUGGCAAGCACUUUGUGCUAAUUCAUGGGGCAUGCCUUGGUGCAUGGUCUUGGUAGAAGCAAGUGCAACUUCUAAAAUCGGCAGGCCACAAUGUCACAGCUCUUGA